AUGGCUACAAAAGCUACAACAAUAAAAGAAGCAAUUAAACGCUGGGAAGAAAAAACCGGUCAACAUGCGAGUCAGGCUACAGAAGUUAGUUUAGUUUUUCAAUGGCCACCUAUAGAAAAAAUGGAUAAUACCCUCGCUUCUUUAGUUAAUUGCGAAAAACUUAGCUUAUCCACGAACAUGAUCGAAAAGGUGACAGGAUUGAAUAGUUUGAAGAAGUUACGGGUUUUAUCACUCGGUAGAAACUAUAUCAAAUCAUUUUCAGGAAUGGAAUCGCUCAGCGACACGUUAGAAGAACUUUGGAUAUCGUAUAAUUUGGUUGAAAAAUUGAAGGGAAUCAAUGUCUUGAGGAAUUUAAAAGUUUUGUAUAUGAGCAACAAUUUUGUAAAAGAAUGGAGUGAAUUUAAUAAAUUGCAGGAACUACCUAAUCUAGAAGAUCUAUUGUUCGUUGGUAAUCCACUUUACGAUGCUUGUGAACUGGAAGUUUGGAGGUCUGAGGCAGCAAGACGUCUCCCUGGACUUAAGAAGCUGGAUGGUGAGACGGUGCUGCGAGAGGAUGAGCCUCCAUUAACAGUUGCUGAUUUAGAACCUGAUGGAGGUGAUGCUGUGGAAACUCUUGUUAGUGCUGAGACAAAUGAUUAG